AUGGCCAAAUCCGAAACAGACCUUCAAUCCAUGAUCGCCAAUGGCUUGGAUUCCAAGAGUCUGGCCUGGUACGAGUCGGACCUCAAGGAGAUCCCUGAACCGGCCAAGACCCUUCUGGAGAAAUACAGCAAGAUCCCAUCCGAUCAAGUGGUGCAGCAUGUCAACGGCAUGUUCCCGUAUCCUUGCAUUGGAUCAUUUCGGUUCCUGGAUUUGAGUAUCCCUCAAUCGCCUGUCUACCCCGAGAUUCUUCAGCGACUGAAGUCGGGUGAGAAGCUCCUGGACGUCUUUGAUGGCGUUCCCUCGGAAAACCUCUACAGCUCAGACCUCCGUCAGGAUUUCUACGACAUAGGCUAUGACCUAUUCGCAGACCGCGAUACGUUAAAGUCUGAAUUCUUCCAGGGAGAUAUCUUCGACAAUAACUCAGCUCUUAUCCAGAAUCUGACUGGUAAAAUUAACAUUGUUAACGCUGCCUCGUUUUUCCACCUCUUCAAUUGGGACCAGCAAGUCAUCAUUGCCAAGCAGGUUGUUGGGCUCUUGGCUGCACAGUCUGGAUCUCUGGUUAUUGGGCGACAGGUUGGAUAUGCAGACCCCGUUGAUCCAGAUGACAAGGAGAAUGCACCUAAGCACUAUCGCCAUAGCCCUGAGACGUGGAAGAGACUCUGGCGCCAGGUUGGUCAGGACACUGGGUCGAAGUGGGAGGUUCAAUCCACGAUGGAGACGUGGGGCGGUCAGGAUCAUGUCUUUAGGAAAUAUCACGAAGGCGUGGAGACCUUCAAGUUGAGAUUUGUCGUGAGGAGACUUUAA